AUCUAUUGUGCAUCUCUAAUACAUAUGUACAUAUAAAUGAAUCGCACUGUGUAGAUGAAUUAUUAAAUACGAAAAUUUGCGAUUCUUCUUGAGCUUAUCACAUUAAAAGCGGCCAGUGUCAAUACAUGUGUAAUAUCGUGUUAAAUUCAUUUCCGCUUGCAAGUCGCAACUGGUGUUCGUCAAAGUAGACAAACCGUUUUAAUAAAAGACCACGACGGGUGUUGUCCCUCUUAAGUAGUAUAUACAUUUUCCAUUAUUAUAAGUUCAUUUUAAAAAGUUGCUGUACAUAAAAUGGCGGAGGGAAAUGCUGGAGUAAGUGCUGAGGGAGCUGCCGCUUUGGCUGCCCCAAAUCCUAAUGCCGAAGUAAUCAGGGGCCAGAUAUUCGAAGUUGGCCCACGUUAUAGGAAACUAACAUAUAUUGGUGAAGGCGCAUAUGGCAUGGUGGUAUCUGCCGAUGAUACGUUGACGAACCAAAGAGUUGCUAUAAAAAAGAUUUCCCCAUUCGAGCAUCAAACGUAUUGUCAACGAACUUUGCGGGAAAUAACCAUUCUAACAAGAUUCAAACACGAAAACAUUAUUGAUAUUCGAGACAUCUUGCGAGUAGAUAGCAUAGAACAAAUGAGGGAUGUAUAUAUUGUACAAUGCUUAAUGGAGACUGAUUUGUAUAAACUAUUGAAAACGCAGAGGCUGAGUAAUGAUCAUAUCUGUUACUUUCUGUAUCAGAUAUUGCGUGGUCUAAAGUACAUCCAUUCGGCAAACGUUUUACAUCGCGACCUUAAACCGAGCAAUCUAUUACUCAAUAAGACGUGCGAUUUAAAAAUUUGCGACUUUGGUUUGGCACGUAUUGCCGAUCCGGAGCACGAUCACACUGGGUUUUUAACUGAAUACGUUGCUACUCGAUGGUACAGGGCACCAGAGAUUAUGCUUAAUUCAAAAGGUUAUACUAAAUCGAUUGAUAUUUGGUCAGUUGGCUGCAUUUUGGCUGAAAUGUUGAGCAAUCGACCCAUAUUUCCCGGCAAACAUUACUUGGAUCAGCUAAACCACAUUCUUGGUGUACUAGGCUCACCAUCACAGGAGGAUUUGGAAUGUAUUAUUAAUGAAAAGGCAAGAAAUUAUUUAGAAUCAUUGCCAUUCAAACCAAAUGUGCCAUGGUCAAGGUUAUUCCCAAAUGCAGACGCUUUGGCAUUAGACUUGCUUGGGAAAAUGUUGACGUUUAAUCCGCACAAACGAAUUCCAGUCGAGGAAGCUUUGGCACAUCCAUACUUGGAACAGUAUUAUGAUCCCGGCGAUGAGCCCGUUGCCGAAGUACCGUUUCGCAUCAACAUGGAAAAUGAUGAUAUAUCUCGAGAUGCAUUGAAGUCAUUAAUUUUUGAAGCAACGUUGAAAUUUAAAGAACGACAACCAGAACAGGCGCUUUAAAAACAAAAACUUACAAAAUAAAAUAACUUACAUUUUAAACAUAUUGGUUUUAUUUUGAUUUCCGUUAUGUUGUUUUUCGGUUUUGUUUUGUUUGUCGCGUAUUUUGAAUGUUUCACAUUUGCUACGUUAGCUUGUUCGGUGUUAUAUUUUCUUAUUUGAAUUAAGUAUAGCAAAGACAUAAAAACCAACAUCAAAAUAACAGAACUAAAUACUAACUCGUAUAUAUCAUUUGUCUGUGUAUAAACAAAAAUUAUUUCUCUUACACAUAGUAGGUAAAUCCUAUUAAACUUCAUAUAAAUACAUGUCUUUACUUAUACAAUAUAUUAUAUAUUUAUACAUCAUAUGUGUAUUCAUGCGAAAAAAUGGCAUGUACCUAAUGCAUUUACGAUAUCUCAUUAUAUUAUAAGAUGAAUAACAUGUUUUACCUACACACGUUGAUAAAUUUGUCAUUCUCCAAUUAACACACACACUUUUUAAUCAUGUACUGUAUAAACAAAUGUCAUUUAAUAUGUUCAACAGUAUACAAAUUUACAUCGUAAACGUAAGAUAACAAUUAGUCAGUACCAAAACGAAUGUUACACACAUACAUAUAUAUGUAUCUGUCUGUUUGUCUGUCUGUUUGCCUAUUGUCUUCUUUGACAUAUUACAUAAUUAUAUAUGUCAAUCGAGAGUUCUUUAUAUAUAUAUAAAUGUAUGUGUAUUUACAUAAUUACCAUUUUACA